UGGAAUUUUUUCAUAGAUGUAGUCGAUGUUCCGUGGUUCUGUUUGUAAUGCGGAAACUCUCGUGGUAUUUGUUCGAACUUCUGAGGCUUUGUUUGAAAUUCCAGUUUUUGUCUCGACACCCUGAACAUAACUGUCGAAACUGGGCCGUAGCGCGGGGAAGAAAGGCUAAAGCCCCGACACGACCGCCCGCCGCGCCGCCGCUGCUCGCGUGCUCUCGUUCCCCCCUCCCCCUACCCCGCCUCUCCGCAGAUGGCGAAGUCCGGCUACACGCGCGCGCCGCCCAUCGCCGAGGACGCCGCUCCCAGCGCCAUCCUGUUCGUGGCCAACUGCGGGCCGGCGGUGGGGCUGACCCACAACGACGUCGCCGCGGCCUUCGGUGCCUUCGGGGAGGUUGAGGGGGUCAGCGCCGCCGACGACAGCGGCGCGCGCGUCAUAGUCCGGUUCCGCGAGCCCGCCGCUGCGGGGGCCGCGAUGGCCGCGCUCCACGGGCGCCCCUGCGGCCGCCUCGCCGGGCGCGUGCUGCACAUACGCUACUCGGUGCCGGCCCCCGCGCCCAAGGCCCCGGCCGGCGUCUCCCUUCGGGUGGCCCUGUCGUCGUCCGAGCUCGGUAUCCCGGGCAUUCACUUGGUCCAGGAGUUCGUCACUGCCGCGGAGGAACAGGAACUUCUUGCCGCUGUGGAUAGCAGACCGUGGAAAAGAUUGGCCAAAAGGCGAGUUCAGCAUUAUGGUUAUGAGUUUCUGUACGAAACGAGGAAUGUUGAUUCGAAGCAGUUCCUGGGUGAAUUGCCAUCUUUUGUUUCGAAAAUCCUUGAAAAAAUUGUGACAUUCCCUGGCGUGAAGAGCUGUACUACUAAACUGGUCGAUCAAUUAACAGUAAAUGAAUAUCCUUGUGGUGUAGGUUUAUCUCCACAUAUAGAUACACACUCAGCAUUCGAAGAAAUGAUCUUCAGCCUUUCUUUGGCUGGACCUUGUAUUAUGGAGUUUAGACAAUAUCCUAAAGGCAGUUGGCGUGCUCCAAGUAUGGUCAAUGGAACUGAUGAACCUAGCAUCCAAGAUCCACAAUGCAUUAGGAAAGCUGUCUUCCUUCCUCCCCAGUCGAUGCUACUGAUGUCUGGAGAAGGCCGAUAUGCUUGGCAUCACUAUAUACCACACCAUAAGAUUGAUGAUGUGGCUGGUCAAGUCAUUAAAAGAAGUUUGCGGCGUGUUUCUUUCACAUUCCGAAAGGUGAGAAUGGGCCUUUGUGAUUGUGAAUAUGGGCAAUUUUGUGAUUCUCAGAGCAAGUAAGAUAUCAAGAUCGACUUGAGGCUAAAAUUUUGGACAUCGCCUACUAAACCAUUGGUGAAGCGAUUAUAACUUAUCACAGACUGGUGGUCUUGUUGGUGAUCUUUGAUAGUACAAUCCCACCAACUAAGCGAAGUCAGCUGAAGCAAUAGAUUGUUGAGCAAACCAGUGGAUAACUACUGUACUGAAUCAUCUGCCUGCAACUUUAUACAUUGUAGCAGACUAAGUUGGGGUCUGACAUUCUCGAACGAGCAUGUAGUUUGCCCCUGGUACCCGAUUUAAACAAUUGAGAUAUAUUUUUAUUUUAUUUUGAUGAUAACAGAUCAUCAUUGUUUGUCAAAUUGUUGAUGUUAUUGUGGAAUUCAAUUGUAACAUUCUUUCGCU